CUCAUACCUCUCAGAGGUGCUGAGUGUGUGCCACUGGACCCGAUAAAUUAGACGCUGCAAAGAUGGCGAUUGCGCGACUCGUGGCUUGUUUUUUCCUUUACACCAGCCUCGGUCACAUUCCAUCAUCUCUCGGGGUAAUCCUCCGAACCACGGACAAGAUUGUGUGGGCAAAUGAGUUUGAGCCCAUCGAGCUGACCUGUUUAAUAGAGUCCAUCUCAACGAACAACCCGAGGAUUGAAUGGAAGAAGAUUAAGAACGGUGUCCCCAGUUAUGUGUACUUUCAAAACAAGAUAGCAGGGGACUUGGAGCACAGAGCUCAGCUCAGAGAGCCGGCCAACAUCCUGAUCUUCAACACCACUCGGUCAGACACUGCAGAGUACCGCUGCGAGGUGGCCGCCAUUGAUGAUCAAAGGGACUUUGAUGAGAUUCUUAUUAGUCUUGCAGUAAGAGUGAAACCUGUGGUACCACGGUGCAGCGUGCCAGAGGCAGUCACUGUCGGAACGUCAACCGAGCUGCGAUGUCUGGAGAACGAGGGCUUCCCUGCUCCUCAGUACCGCUGGUUCCACAACAACGAGGAGCUUCCUCAGGACCCCAAAAACAGCCCCAAGUUGGUCAACUCUUCCUACAGCAUCAACCCCGACACCGGAGGCCUGAAAUUUCGAAGAGUGAGGAAGGAGGACGCAGGGGAGUACUACUGCCAGGCAAAGAAUGAUGCAGGACAUGCGCAGUGUCCCCCGCAAAUGAUGGAAGUCUAUGACGUCGACAUCCUCGGGAUUUUCCUCAAGUCGUUUGGUGCAGUGAUUGUUUUCUUCUGUUUGGCUGCCUGCAUCUGUCGUUCCCUCAAACGUGGAUGCUUCCACAAAAAAGGUCACAGUGAAAACAACUACAACUGGCCAGCACAGGCUGAUGGUGUUGACUACGGCGAUGCAGAUGAGGGCCAUUUUCGCCACAAGUCUUCAUUCAUCAUUUGACAGCUGAGACAGACGAUAAGAGGGAACCAAGACAAAAGCAAAAACUGUUGAGGUUAACUUGCUACAAUGAUGAAGUUUGAGGUGUAACAUGGCACAUUAUUCUCUGAUGCACAUAAAAAUCAAAUCAACCAACUUGCCAAAGUAAAUUUAAUAUUAUUUUGUGGCAACGCUUUAUGUUUUUUAUAACUUAAUAGCAUUUUUUAUCUUCCACUGUUAUUAUUAAUUUCCAAUUAAAACAUUGUUUUUUUGCUCCUUAUCUGGCUCAUUUUCUGACAUGUUUUUAUUAUACAGUAAAACCAUUUCAAAGCUGUGGAAACAUAUAGAUUGAUAUUUGGUCCAUAGUGUCACCGCAAAAGAUGCUGGAAGCUACAUUCCUUCACUGUUUUUUGGACAAGUCCUCUUUUAUAACUCUUAAACUUUUUACUGAGUACACUGAAAUUGUUUUACAAAACUCCUUUACAUUAUCUUUGUUCAUGAGAUAAACAUAUUUUGUUUGACAUGGGGAAGAGUGGAAACUUGUUUUUGUAUAUACUGUAGUUAUACAGGCAAUAAGCAGCAGACUGUAAAAGGCUGAUGAGCUCAGAUUCAUAAGGCACAAUUAAUCAGCCUGUCUUAUAUUUACAGAUGAUAACAAGUAUGUACGAGUAACCCGUGAAUUUGAAUACCAUAUAUCCCACUAUGCUGCAAAGUCAAUAUGUAUAAAGGUGGUGAAGUAUGAUUUUUAGAGUGCUGUUUCUGUGUAUAAGUGACCUUCUGUGCUUUACUAAUUAUUUUUUGAGUAUUGGACAUAUUGUCCAGUUUUGACUCAGUAUUUAAUGUACAUAAAUGCAUACAUUUUUUUAAUCUUUUCAUUUUCUGACAUUGCACUCCAUACCUUAUUGUAAAUAUGCAAUGAAACUGUUUGUU